UAUUUAGAGUUGUUUUUAUUUAUUAUGAACAAAAAAGCCCAGUCCUGUCGAGGCCUGGUGUCCACUGGGGGAGAGUCCUCAGUCCGGUGGUCUCGGGGCCUGGGUAGGGGCGGCCCGGCCACAGACUCUCGCUCUGAUGCACGGACUCGAGAGAUGACAACACUUUGUGUGAAUAAAGUACGUAUGGACACUUGCGAGCCUGUCGCCUCCCAUUCCUUCCAGUUGUGGCGGGGCAGCUAUCAGCGGCCAGUCGGUUGCUGGUGUGGGCAACCAGGGUAGAAGCCAGGCCAAGGGAGAAUGAGGGGAGCAGGGGGUGGGGGUGGAGAGCAAGGCAGCUUCCCGGGAAUGGGGACGAGGCUCCAGGUAGGCGCGCAAGGUGCGAGGCACCUGGGGUAUCACAACUGAGCCCGAAAACCCUGCCUGAUUGGGAGGGGGACUCUUUCUGAGCUACCUUACCCGCAAGCUGGCAUAGGCUUCUAGGCAGUGUUUAUUCACCAUCUCUCCGUUCAGCACCCAGCUGGACAGGCAGAUUGCCCCACCGGGGGUGGGGGUGGGCUUCCUAGGGGUGGGGGGAGGAGACAGGGCGGGUACCUCGCCCACGUGAGAGCAACCAGCCUCCGAGGGUGGAGGAACAGGGCCCGCAUGCCCGGCAGCGCCCCGUUCCCAGCCCGUAUCCCUGUUCCCGAAAUCUCCCGCACCCGCGUCUCACACCCGAACCCCAUUGUCGGGAGGCCCCGCCCGCCACCCCUUUCCCAGCCGGACGGCAGGGCGGCGCGCCCCUAAAGCCCAGAGAAGGAAGUGUCGGGGCCGCCCGGGGUCCGGGGGACAAGCAAAGCCCGGGGGGUGGGGAGGAGGGCGGGGGGUGGGGAGGAGCUCCGCGGCCGCCGCCGGAACCCAAAGCGCGAGGUCGCUGCCACCAGGGGACUUACGUUCGCGCAGCACCGCCCCCGCGUGACCUUCUGGCCGCUUCCGGCACGGAAGGACGAUGUGGGCGACGCGCGGAGUGCUGCGGACCUGGGCCCUCGGCUUGGCGCGGUCCCCGGGGACCCGGGCCUACGGUGGGGGCGGGGGCGUCUCCUACACGCAGGGCCAGAGCCCAGAGCCGCGGACGCGCGAGUACUUUUACUACGUGGAUCAUCAGGGCCAGCUUUUCCUGGAUGACUCCAAAAUGAAGAACUUCAUCACCUGCUUCAAAGACCCGCAGUUCCUGGUCAUCUUCUUCUCCCGCCUGAGACCCAACCGCAGCGGGCGCUACGAGGCCUCCUUCCCCUUCCUCUCGCCCUGCGGCAGAGAGCGCAACUUCCUACGCUGCGAGGACCGUCCCGUGGUCUUCACGCACCUGCUGGCCGCUGGCCCCGAGCCCCCGCGCCUCUCCUACUGCGGCGGCGGCGAGGCCCUGGCCGUGCCCUUCGAGCCGGCGCGCCUACUGCCCCUGGCCUCCAAUGGGCGUCUCUACCACCCGGCGCCGGAGCGCGCGGGCGGCGUGGGCCUGGUGCGAUCGGCUCUGGCCUUCGAGCUCAGCGCCUGCUUCGAGUACGCGCCCGGCGCGCCCGAGCUGCCCUCGCACGUGCGCUGGCAGGGCAGCCGUUUCGCCCUCACCAUGGACCUGGCCCCGCUGCUGCUCGCCGCCCCGCCGCCCUGAGCGGCAGGCUCGCAGCCGCUGGCGCCCCCAGUCCCGCUGCGCCCCACGGGCUGCGUCGCUGCGCACGCGCCACCCGGAGAGCGCGCCGUCCGAGUGCGCGUGCGCGGCGGCCCCGCCCCGCCCGGCGCUGUCCGAGGUGCUGCCGCGGCCCGAGAACCGACGUGGGGAGGGGCGGGGUCACGGGUGCUCUACCCCGUCCGCACACCCCCGGCCUGGGAAGUCCUCGGCGUCCUCGGGUUCGGCCAGCGCUCGCGACGGCAGACCCGGGCGGCCGGGAGGGAGGUGCGGGGGCUCCAGUGCGCGAGCGCGAGCGGCGCCCGCCCCUCCCCCGCCCGGAGCUGCUCGGUGGGCCGGGAUUCGGCGGGGGAGCCGCGCCGCAGGAGCGUCAGGUGAGGGGGCACCCGACCCAAGGUCAGCGGGCGUGGGGGCAGGAUCAGGGGCUAUACCGGCUCUGUCCCCGGCGAUCACCGAGAAGGGCGUGCGACCUGGCGGGGACCACGCCCUGCCCUGAACCGGCCCGGGACAGGCCGCACCGGAGGGGGUGCAGAGGGCGCCUUGGGAGAUCAAGACACCCGACUCGGGCCUCGCACUGCGCUGGAGAGCGUCGCAGGGCUUCCUCCGUUACCCCUCCAAACUCCCCUCCCCGCACAGAUGGGCGCCCCGGAGACAGUGACAGCCUUCACCAAAUCCAGUAUGUGACACCCCGCCCCCUGCCCAGCCAGAUUAGGGGGUUCUCCGCUGAGUAAAAGGAUUUCUGGCCUGGCCUCCCCUGGUCUUCCUGCUUGAGUCCUUAACGCUGCCCAGGCCAGCCCUUCCACACGAAACAGCAUCUAGUGGGUGUCCGUGUGGGCAGCAGUCCCCUGAGUCUUGAGGAGGAGACCAAGAACCUUCUCUGUUUGAGAGGCCUUGCCACUGGAAACUAGGUGGGCACCCUGGGCCAAAUCUUUUGCUCAGGGAAAUGGAUCCUGGGGACUCAGAGUAUGCCACCUAGUUUUCGGGGUUCUUCACACACCUUCUGAGACAACUGGGAACUGCCCCUGCCUGGGCCAAAGCGAUUCCAU